ACAACCAUAGAAACGCCGGAAGACACCAAAUGCGACAUCGAAAGCACUGCAGAUAAAUCCGAAAAGUCUUUUCAUCCUGCUUUUAAUUCUAAAUUGUGCGAAGGAAAAUUUCAAAAUCACGACACACCCAAGUUGAGAAAAGUUCUUCAUGAGAAACUGGAUGCUAUAAAAAACACGUCCUUUCUCGUUGAUAAAGUUGGUGAUCUUCAAGCAGCUAUAGAAUCGGUAGACAAAAUACACCAGAAACUAAUAUCUUCUUGCCCAAAUGCAAACGGAAUUCUGCUUCGAAGUAGUCCGGUGAAAAAGAAACUAAAAAUCAAUAAAACAGAAUACCAUCAAGUUUUCCACAAAAGCCUACCAAAACGAAAAAAAUGGAGAAAAAAGGAUUCACUAGCUCAGAAAACUGAAAAAAUACCCAUUUGCAUAAUUGAAGGGAUUGAGGAUGAUGCACUAUACAAUUCAGACAUUGUAGUCGCACAACGUACUAGCUUCCCGCAAGAAGACUUUGACGCAAAUAAGGGUUGUGGUGAUCAUUCCCAACGCAGAAAACACGAACCCUUGUCAAGAUUAAUAAAUGCAACAAAGAUGGGGUUCAAAUUGCACGACGUAUUGUUAGAUUUCGGGCAGACACAACUAACACUCGGCGAUUUGUGGACACUUAUUCCGCCUAAAGUGGCACGUAUGCACAGUUUAGAGACAUCGUCAUUAACAAAUUUCCAUCCUGGUUGGCUAAUUGAUAAGGUGGUGGAAGCAUCUUUGUGGAUGUUGACUUUGGAAUAUAAUGUUUUCGCUGCAGAUGCAUCUUUGACAACAAUAGCCAAACGUGGGGCUAGCACCCGUUUGCUGUGGUCUGGCCAAUGUUUUUCUUCUGUGUCAAAAAUAUUUGUUCCUAUUAACGAGUAUGGUAUUCAUUGGACAUUGCUGGUAAUUGACAAAUCUAAGAAAAUACGAUACUUCAUUGACCCCAUGAAUGGACAAAAGGAAAUAACAAUUGAUUUUCAAACACACCCGCAUCUUAUGGACCUUAUAGACAAGAUAAGUGAAAUUGCUGACAUGAAAACUGGUUGGCAUUCUCAAUUUUGGUCAUGUAUCGAGCCAUUACAUUUCUCACAGCAGGACAGCUUUAAUUGUGGUGUACUCAUUUGCCUUGUAAGUGAGCACUCCCACAGAGAUUUUACAAUCCAUUCUAUUAAUUUAUACAUUGCUCAUUUCUUGUAGUUAUGGCACUAGAUUUCUACAAAAUGCAAACCAUGCCUACAAAUCACAAUGCAUAUAAAUAUAUAUAAUUAUAUAUAUAUGGUUAUUCCUGUACA